UUAGUGUACCGACUCUACUUUUACAAAGGAGGACAAGUUUGCUGAUAAAGAUGGGAAAUAAUCAAUGUCGCAAUUGCCGGAUAGAGCUCAAGACUGAUGAUUGGAAGCCAUAUUGUCGAGGGUAAGGAAGGGUCGCGUAUCAUUAGAUUUUCAAAAUUUUAAAUUAGACUUUUAAAUAUAAAACCAAUCACACAUCAAAUCAGUCUUACAACUCGUGAUUUCAUAAUAUUAGCAAUUUGCAUUUUACAUAGACCACCUCUAGCUCUUAGCUUGUAGGGUUAAAUCAAGUUGCCAUUCCAGACAUUUGUUACGUAAACGUUUUGACCUUUAUCAUGGGAUGACAAUUGUUCCUUCGCCCAAAAACUGCGAACGAGUCAGACAUGUGGGAACACCAUCGGUCUUUUCUAUCUCUAUUGUCUCACGUGUUAAGGGUCUUUUUGUCUACCAACUAGUCUGUAAUGGGGGUUGGAGACGUAUAACGUUUCAGACUAGUUAGUCUGAGUAUCAGGCGUUUCUAGUCUACCAACAUACAUUGCUUUCGUUAAAUAGUACGUUCUCCAAAACCGGACAACCUUGAGAAUGACUACAGAUUUUAACGCUACCAAAGGCAUAUCUAACUAAAAGCGGACGAAAGCGGUUUUCUUUCAAAAAGGACGUAACAACCUCUCUCUGGUCGUUUAAACGUUGGAUAGCGCCAUCCACCGGAUAAAUCACUAUCUAGCGCGAUAGCUUAAUCGGUUUCCCUAAUACUUAUCCGCUGGAUAGUGAUUUAUCUAGCCUGCGUAGCAAGCGUUUCCUCGCGAGGUUCGUCUAGAAAGCUGGGACAAGAGCAAAAAAAAAUUGAAUGACGCAAUAACUCGAUUGGAAACGCUUACUACGCAGGCUAUGAUUUAUCCGGUCGAUAGCGCUAUCCAACGUUUGAACAAGCAGGGUCUGGACAGGAAUCAUGAAAAUUUUGCUAAAAUCCACGCUACACGCAGAUGGAGAACAAAGAGUAAUUUAUUAGAUGGCAACAGAGAGUUUUCCGGAAUCUUGUUGACGUGAUAAAGAGACGUUUGAGACAAAUAUGUGCAUCACAAAGAGCGGGUUUAUCUUAAAAUAUGCUGCUUUAUAACAUAACUGUGGAGGAAAAUAUACAGUUUCGUGCGAAAGUGAAACAUGUCAAAGUACAUAACAUUUGAUUAAAGUACAUCCCUUGGGGGUUAUGUUUUAAAUACCUUUAACUUUUAAAGAACAAAACAAAACAAAAAAAAUUUAACUUUCACUUGAGAAAACUGGUUAGCUUUCGACUUCCCUUGGCUUUUCUUUCGAAGUCACUGCAGAGGUCGCCAUCUUUAUCAAUCUGUUAUAUAUGCCAACUAAAAAAUAUUCUGCGUUUAUUCUUAAAAAAUAUAUGGAAAUGAUUCUGUUAUCCUUUUCCCUCUUGUAUUGUCCAAAACAGUGAGAUUCGAGGAAAUCUUAACGUUCUAAAUAUUUUGCAUUAAUCUGUGUCAGGCCCCAAAAUAAUUUCCUUAGCUUUAUAUCGGUCCUACAUGACUACAAUGUCAUUUGAAAUCCAUUGUCCCCCCAUUACAUAGUUGAUAAAGUGCAAAUAAUGGCUUUGAAGCUCGCCAGACUCAUCGUUUUUUCUUUGUUAUACGUUUUUGUUGGCGUUUUUGGACGUGACCGUUCACAACGUUCACCAGCAUUCCUAUCAACUCACCGCAGACCAAUAGAGAAGUCCCAUUAUACUUUCCCGGGGGCUACUUUUUUCAGUCACAAUUUGUGAAUCCGGAAAAAAAAGACCAUAAGGUCAGGGAGCUCGCAAUGUAAACUGCAGCGCUGUUAUUUUCAUCUCAGUUUAAUUUUUGCCAGCGUUCAUAGAGCCAGUUUCUUCUGCUAACUAUGGUAAAGGCUUCCAGACCCUUUCUUGACUGCGCGCUAGAGCAGACGUCUUACGCUCCAAACCCCACUUUCCGAUUGCAAAAGACCUCGAUGAUUUUAUCCCGCUGGAUGUAAGAAGAUAAUUUUCUUCGCAACCUAUAUAUUUGUUUUGUGACCUUUAAUUUAAUCCUUUUUUUUUCGCGGUUUUUUUAGAGAUGGGAAAAUCUAGUGGCGACACUGUUUAAUUCUACUCACUGAUAAGCCUGACACUAGCCAAUUUACUUUCAUCUUGCAAAAGAGGUCAAUUAUCAGUCUUAGAUUGUUAUAUAUAAUUAAGGGCCUGUUUACAUGAGGGUGGGGAACCUCAGAUAGGUGAGGUGGGCAGGCCGGUUACCCCACCUCCAUGUAAACAGGCCCUAAAUUUUGAACUAGUACAUGGUUUGUCUUUCAGAUGUUAUCAAAGGGCGUUCCCAUCUUGCGAGUAUUGUAAUAAUCCAAUUCUUAAAAGCCAGGCCAGAAUAGGAAAUUACCACAAGUUCCCGUAAGUCAAAUGCUUGGUGUGUGUAUUAUUAAGCUAUAACAUGGUACAUGUAAAGCGUGAACGAGCGUGCACGCGCUUAAACCCAAUAUUAAUGACUCUUCAGAGCCUCAGUUGGAAGCAAAUGUGCCUGUAUCUUUGCCAAGAUUAUCCUAUGAAACUUACGGUACCACGUGCUUUUUUAAGCUUAAGAAUUCUGAUGGAAGGUAAGAAAAAAAACGCUAACAGAAACAAGGGAUUGUGCAAAAGUACAGCGAUCUUUUUUUCUUAGCUUGGGAGAACAUCAAAUGUUCUUAACUAAUCUUAGCUUUUCGGUUUUUAUUUUUUUCUGUCAGAUGUUACACUAUGGAAACAGCUAAAUGCUGUGAAUGUUUCGCCGUCGUUAAUCCUCAUCAUGGAGAUGGAAUAUAUUGUGAAAAGUAGGUACCAUCGUUUGCAUUUUACUGCGUGCCAAAAAAUACAGCGGGGGUAUGGGCAGCCAGCAAGAAAACUGUCAAUGUUAUUUAAAAGCAAAUAGACUCCCAUACUCUUAUAGAUCUGCUACUGGGGACCCUCUAACAAAAAUGAUUAAAAAACUGCCUCCGCCCUCGCCAUCAAUGUUCAAAACAAAUUCCUGCCCAAGAAAAGAUGGGUGCAGUUGUGAUAAGAUCGACGGUUUUCAGCUCUUAUUUUCUCUCUGGAUACUCUGGUUUCACUCCCUCGUGUAUGCAAAGAGUAUCAGAAUGUAUUGCUUGCAACAGAGAGAAUAAAGUGUCCAAGAAACUAGAUUACACAGAACACAGAUUAACCCCUCCAAAGUUGUUUUCUAAGGAAAAUUGGAGGGAGCCCGGUGCUCUGAAACUGUAAAAUCCAGGGUGCCCAGCAUUUGAUUUGUAUGAAAAACAAAAAGAUUUCCUAGUCACCCAAUGACAAAAGUUAGGGACCAGGGGCCACAGGGCUUUGCUAGAGCACAACCCUCCCCUCCUAUUCCAGAGUGAAUGAUGAAGUCUUGUAAGGUAGUUCCAACUUCUAAGUCUGUGGACGAAAUCUUAUCGUGCAAUGACCAUAAAACGAAUCCUGUCCGGCAGUUAUUUCAUAUAGUACUGUUUAUUUAGUUUGUAGCGGUUCUAAGUCCAGUUUUGAGUCUGUGGAUGAAAUCCUAUGGUGUCAUUCAAGUGUAACCUCUUCAGCAGUACUUUCGCCAGUUUUCUGUGGCGAAAUUUGACUUCGCCGUGUCACUUUUGGAAGUGAAAGGACACAUAGGCCUGUGUACAAAAUUAGAUCCUGACAGAAACUCAUAAGGGUUUCUGAUCCUGAUCAAUUACCAAAUUCGUUUUUCGUCAGUUUAAGGCGUAACAUAAAACUGGUCAGUUGAAUUUGUUGAUAAAGAAGAGUUUUUUGCACUCUGACAGUUCUUAAGCUACCUUUUUUGGUCAAUUUUUUUAGAUGAAUACUAGUAAGAAGAUCAACUUGAGCAGAGGAUCAUCUCAAUUUUUUAAAAAAUAUUUCUCUGGCCUGAUCUCUUAGACUUCAUCAGGGAGUUUAACAAGAUAGUCAUAGUAGACUGAAGGAACUAUCUUAUUCCUAAGUAUUAUGGUAAAAAUCACGUAGUGCAGUUAGGGUGUGAACAGCAAAUCACCCACAAAAUAUAAGUGUAGGAUGUGACGCGGGGCUGUACCAUACGAAAGUAACUCAACUACGUCACGUUAAAUCCAAGAGCUCCAACAUUAAACAUUGCACACUUUGCUACGCAGGAUUGCAGUCUUAUCUUGCACGUAUGUAUAUAUAUUUAGUGUGUGUUUAGGUUUUUCUGUUUUGCUGUUGACACCCUAAGCUGGGUUCUUGUUCACAGUAACGUUUCUUUUUUGCAAUCGCGAUAAAAGAAGUGUGAUCAGACGAAAGCGGUCAGAAAAAUAGAAAACAUUAAAAAGAUACGUUGCUUUGUACUGCUCACUAGUAUUCAUUAAUUUUUUUAAAAAAAAAAUAAUGAUUACAAAUAUUAAAUUACACAAAAUGUAUCGCCUACAAUUGGUGGUCAGAAAAAUAUACAGUGCGUCUUUGAAAAUUCCCACCCCAGCCCCAUCACUUUCCUAAUGGCCAGUCUCUAAGAGGUAAAAUCGCAACCAGUUGUAACGUGUCGCAUAUUUUUUCUCACUACAGCGCUAACUGGUCGCUGGUUUGUGUUUUAGUUUCUGAUGGGCUCAUAACAUUAUUUGUAACUAUUGCAAUCGGCCUUCUAUACCACCACAUUUUUGAUACUGCAGGUUUAGCCUUUUACUCAGCUUGUAUUACCGUAAAGAAGGUCCUAAACGUUAACUUUCACUUGAAACAAGCUAGGCAAGCACGCUUUAAAAAACCCUAAGACAAAGGAUUGAGUGUCUACGUCAACGUUUCACUUGUGCGUGCGUUUGCGAAUGCGAUGAUUAGGCCAGCGAAUUAUCGAGAAGCUAGUGCAUGGAUGGCACGUGUAGCGUAGUGUGCGUGGCGGGCGUCGAAAGGUGUAGGGGAUUGGAAGGAAGGAAAAAGGCGCUUUUCUCCCUCUCCCCCUUCCCCCCUCCCCCCUCCCCUCGUGUAGCGUACUGUAUGAAAAAAGGACAUUGGAGUUUGGUCUUUAUGAUUCUCACAGCUAAAAACCGGUCGAACCCUUUUGUUUUUCCUCAGUAUCACUAACACAGCGAUAUUUUUUCACUUUUAAUUGGAAAUUUUAACGACACUGUGACUGUGUGUUGUUUUUGCAGAUGUUACGAUGUAAAAAACGCUCCUCCUCUUAAAAUGUACAUCAAGUAUAGGGACAACGAGUUUAGCCUGCACUCAAGAGAUGAAAGGGUGCUGGAUGCUCUGAAGGUCUUUUCGGAUGGUUUGUUCAAUGCCCUUCAGAGAAACGCGAGCCAGCGCUCUCUGAUCCAAGAGCCUCGGGACAACGGACAAAGCAGCUACUGGAACUAUACCAAGUCUUAUUUGGAAUAUCCAGUCAGAGGAAUUAGAAACUUUGUUGGUAAAAGACUUCUUUCCCAGGACUGAAAAACCGUAACAAGCUUAUCUGUUUCAGGCGUUCAGAUGUUUUUCGCUCCGCUAUCCGGCCAUUUCAUUCUUCUUUCCAAUAUCUGAAUGCCUGAAGCAGGUUUACAGCAAGUCCCCUACGCGGAGGCCACGUGACAAACGUUUUUCUUUUCUUAGACUGAGAGAAUGCGAGAGUGCAAAGUUUCCUAACAUUGCCUCGAAGUAACUAACCUCGAAAAGUAGCGACCCUCCGAAAGCGGCGAUAGAAAAAAGGGUGCUAAAUUCGAAUGUAAUGGAAACCCAGAGGGCCGUUGCUUUCGACACUUUGCGGCGUAACAAAAGUAAAGAGGGAGCUCUGAUUUGUAAA